AGAAGGCCAGCUUACACAGUGAUUCUGAGAGUGACAGGUAGCUUCAAAGCUCAACGUUUUGUUACCUUGUCACCUACGACCCCUUCACCAACUGCGACACUCUUUCUCAACGAGUCGAAUACGGACAGUCACUGAACGAAAAGUAUAAAUACUACGACCUACCUACUUUCCAAUACGUCGACUUAUUGGCUAUCAUGGAUGCCACGCAACCACAGCCCGCGCCGGGCAGUCUUAGCUGGCGCCUCAGCGCGCAUCCCAUUACGCUGCUCACGUUUCUGGGAUUCCGGAUAUGUGCGCCUCUCACGGUAUUCUCUUGGAGCGCAAUUGCUAAUGUCCUGCAGCAAGUGUCCUGAUCUACUUUCUCGGUCUGUGGAUCAUAAAAAGCAUGAUCAUGAUCUUCAUCAUUACGAUUCUUCUCCUCGCCGCCGACUUCUACUACAUCAAGAACAUUGCCGGUCGUCGCCUUGUAGGUCUGCGCUGGUGGAACGAGGUCGAUCCCCAAACGGGAGAGUCGCAGUGGGUAUUUGAGAGCAGCGAGCCAGGUACCAAGACUGUCAACCCGACUGACAGCCGCUUUUUCUGGCUCGCUCUGUAUAUCCAACCUAUGUUGUGGGUUCUCAUGGCUAUUCUUGCUCUUGUGCGACUGCAGUUCUUAUGGCUGCCCCUCGUCGUUAUCGCUCUUGUCCUCACCAUCAUGAACACUCUAGCCUUCUCGCGAUGUGACAAGUUCAGCAACGCUUCCAGCAUCGCUGGUAGCGCUUUUGGGACUGGCAACCUGGCCGGAAGCCUCGCAAGCAACAUGGUCAGCAACUGGUUUUCUCGCAGCUAAAAAAAAAAAGAACAAAAGAGUGGACUUCGAAUGGAUGAAGCCGAGCGAAUUUUCACUCCGUCACUUCGCUUGACUGGACGAAAAAGGGGAACUUGGCCUGCGUUUUGUGUUAGGACUUUGCAAGGAAGGCAUUGAUGCCGGUAUGAGUCGUUGACGUUGUAAAGUAAAAUUACAGGGUUUCUUAAUCACUGGGUGCGAGUUUGCGAUAAAGAUUUGCAGUUUCACAGCACCUGUGGGCUGGAAAUGUAUGAAUAAUAGCUUGAUCAGUUACCGCUCUGGUGUCAAUUAUUCACGAUAUAACUAAAACGCUCUCGCUACAAGGACUGCGCCACGCCAUCAACGUUUUCCCGCUAAUUGUGUUUAUGAUAGCACCAAAUUCCAUGUUUUUAUAAUCGCUGCAACAAGCAAACGUCACGCAAGAUAUCGUGAAAAGUUUGGGGCCUUUGCCAAUCUGGCAAAAGAAAUCUGUGGCAUCUCUCUGGGUAGGCCUGCAUCUGAUCAAUAACGGACUAGCUAUGCCGUCAACAAGCCAAGAAUACACAGCACCGUUACGAUGAACAAAACUAAGCAGGCUACGUAGGCGACCCAAGAAGUGACCGUAAGAACAAGAUAUGUCAUAAUCCAAAACUCCAAACCCCAUAACACACCCGCACCAGGAGUCAAUGCCUCCCGUGGGGCCCGGAUUUCUCUGGUCUACAGAUGGCUUUCGCCCAUGCGAGGCGGCACUAUCGUCUCGCGGCACGCUCAAUUUCAUCAUCCAGUUGCCGCUCCUCUUCCUCUAAUCUUCGAAUCUCAUCGACUGUCAUACCAUCUUCGACCAAGUGAGCCACGUUGGAUGACAUGCCCUGAGGUGUCUGAGCGCCGCUGUGUGCUGCACGAUCAUGGGAACCGAUGGAUGAACGAGGCACGCCGCCGGGUGGGGGAGUUGGAGCGACACCACGAUCACGAUCGAGGCUACCGAGAGCAACAGGUUGCAUAUGGUUUUCAUCUGAGUAGGGCGAGUUGGGUGAAUCGGUAGCACGGCCAUGAGUUUCCUUGUCCACUGCGUAUGUUUGCUGUGUGACAUACUCAUCACCAGCCUGCUUGCUGCGUCGAUGCCUGCGAAGAAAGAACCAUGCCAGUGCACUGAUGAUGAGAAGACCACCAAUAACGGCACCAACGGCAAUGCCAGCAGUUGCGCCGGUUGAGAGCCCGCCGCCGCCGUCACCACCACCGGAGUUCUCUUCAGCCCCUGAAGUCGACGAAGGCGAAAGGGUGGCUGUUGCUGAUGAGGAUGAGGAAGUGGUAGAUUCUAAGGUCUCCUGUUGACUUUGAUCCUUCUUGAGUUGGUUAUUUAGUUCAGUGAGCUCGGUGGUGUUGUCGGUAUUGGUGACAGUGAAGAGUUCUGUUUUGGUGUAGCCUGAAGCUCCAUCCUUCUUCCAGUCAAUCUGAAUGUACAUCUCUUUUCCGUAAUACUUCGAGGUUUCGCCUUCAAAGUUGAGCGUCACAGAAUUGUUGUCAACUGCGUUAGAUAAUGAAUCAGUAACUUGAAGAUAUUACAAGGGCGUUUCGCAUUCCGAGCAAAGCAUACCAUCUAUGAGUUGUCUAUCGGGCUUCGCAUCGCUGAAUUCGGCAUCACCCAAAGGCUCAAUGUUGUCGCCGCUGAUGACCUGCCAUUGGACCACAUCGAGCGUGGUUUUGGAGUCGGUCUUGGAAAAGCCGAUUAUCUUUUUGUUCUGGUCACUAUCCUUGAGCUGAAAGACAUGACCGUCUGCGAAGUUUGUGGAAUUAAAGACAAUGACUUUGGUCUGUGAACUCGAACCUCCCACGCCUGUGUUGCUGUUGCCUGAGCCGUCAACAACACCCUCGGAGUCGCCUUUACUGGAAGGCGAGGCAAAAUUGAUAUUGGUGGAAGAUGGUGCAUUUUGCAUGUCCUUCACAAUAUCGCCCGUAUCGUCCCGAUCAAUUUGGUUGGCUAUUCGUUCCAUUUUGGGGUGUUGACUUGUCUUGUCUAGCUAAAUCAGCAGUUAUGUGUUGGCGAUUGGUGGGAUGCCCGAAUCAAAUAGGUUCUCUUAGACCUCUCGUCCGCUUCUGGAGGCCAGCACGUUGGAGUUGAAAAUAGUUUGAAGACCGGUCCUUUGUCGUGAAUCGUUCGAUUUCGUUUAUACUCGUUUGUCGAAUGUGGUCAGGCCAGGUCAGGUCAGAUUCUAUUCCAAACCGCCAAAUGGUAUCUUGGGACAAUAAGUCCCUGAGGACAGAGAAACGAAGUAAAACGCAACACAAGCAAGAAAGCAAAAGCGAGGUGGUUUUAUUAGAGGGUGAAUUUCAAUAUCUUACUAGAUGGUAAGACGGGAAAAGAGGUGACAGAAGCGGAGGGAACAAAGAAAACAGGUCCAACGGGAGUGAGAAACGGCCUGCUUG